AGCGCCCAGCGGCGGCUGCGGGAAGCGGAGGGAGCCCGGCGCGGGCGCGGGCGGGAAGCGUGCGUCCGCUCGCACAGGCAGCGGGAGGAGGGGCGGCGCGAGCCAUGGCCGGGGACAGCGAGCAGACCCUGCAGAACCACCAGCAGCCCAACGGCGGCGAGCCCUUCCUGAUCGGCGUCAGCGGGGGCACGGCCAGCGGCAAGUCUUCCGUUUGUGCUAAGAUUGUGCAACUCCUUGGACAGAAUGAGGUGGACUAUCGCCAGAAGCAAGUGGUCAUCCUGAGCCAGGAUAGCUUCUACCGUGUCCUCACUUCAGAGCAGAAGGCCAAAGCCCUGAAGGGCCAGUUCAAUUUUGAUCACCCGGUUUGCUUACCUUCAGAUGCCUUUGACAAUGAACUCAUCUUCAAAACACUCAAAGAAAUCACCGAAGGGAAAACAGUCCAGAUUCCCGUGUAUGACUUUGUCUCCCAUUCCCGGAAGGAGGAGACGGUCACUGUGUACCCCGCGGACGUGGUGCUCUUUGAAGGGAUCCUGGCCUUCUACUCCCAGGAGGUGCGGGACCUGUUCCAGAUGAAGCUUUUCGUGGACACAGAUGCAGACACUCGGCUUUCCCGCAGAGUAUUAAGGGACAUCAGCGAAAGAGGGAGGGACCUUGAGCAGAUUUUAUCUCAGUACAUUACGUUUGUCAAGCCUGCCUUUGAGGAAUUCUGCUUGCCAACAAAGAAAUACGCUGAUGUGAUAAUUCCUAGAGGUGCAGAUAAUCUAGUGGCCAUCAACCUCAUCGUGCAGCACAUCCAGGACAUCCUGAACGGAGGGCUCUCCAAACGGCAGACCAAUGGCUAUCUCAACGGCUAUACCCCUUCACGCAAGAGGCAGGCUUCAGAGUCCAGCAGCCGGCCGCAUUGACCCCCGUCUCCUUCGGACCCUGGCCCCUAUCUUCAAGAGACAAGAGGAGGGGUUAGGAGGCACUGUUCAUCUGUACAUAUGGUUUCCUAUGACAUUGCUGUAUUUAAGAAAACACCAUGGAGAUGAAAUGCCUUUGAUUUUUUUUUUUUUUUUUUUGUACAUUGGAGCGGCAGAAUGAAACAGAACUUGACCCUGAGCUUAAAUGACAAACUGUGCCAACUACUACUGGUGAUGCCUAAUUAUGAAUCCAACGUGUAACCAGUUAUAAAUACAUAUAUAUAUAUAAAAGGAUCUAUUUUUGUGUAAAUGUACAAAUACUGUAAAGCUGUUUGCCAUAAGUAUUUUGCAGGAGGACCUGUACUUGAGUGUUUUGGGACUGGAGCUGGAGUCUCACCAAGGGGAAACUGCCUAUUGUGUUCCAGGUGGGGCCAGCUCAGGCGUCUGUGUGGGAGACGGGGGUGAGGAGGGAGGCUCGUGUCUCAUUGCUCUGAGUACCUAUGGGACUCGAGGGGAGUAGAGUUGGGGACCUUUGGUUGUCUUCCCUACCAGAUGCCACCUUCUUGGAGCAGAACUCAAUGAUAUGUCGAUGAUACUCUUUUCUUUUUUUCUGAGUUGAAAUUAGGCAAGACCUCCACUCAAAGAUCAAACUCAGGGAAGAGGCCCACUGAGGAGAACAAGUCUUCUGCGUUUUCUUCUUGGCCUGCGCCCGACCUCUGGCUGCUUGGGGAGCUCCCUAACUCCUUUCCUACUCUCCCACUUCUCAGUCUCUCCAAAAGCCAGAGCUGCCUCUCUCUCCUUCCCUGAUGGGGACUUGAUGGGGUUGCUUCCUGACAGAAUGGGGAAGGAGGGAUAGAACCGUGCCUGUUGA